GGCCACUUGCACGGAACAAGGGGUUAACUAAAUAAAUAGUGGGUUAAUAAACCCGGGGUUAACUCGUUAAAAUUUUAACCCCGAUCUUUUGUUGCACCAUUGAAAACUAACUUAGGGUUAGCUAACCCGACAGUUUUUUUAUUUUAAGCAGGCAACAUUAUUACUUUUUCAAUCCGUUCUAUAAACCAGCCAAAUAUUAAAGAACGAAUGAUGAAUGGAAAUGUAUGUCUAUCUCUUUUACGCCACAACAUGGGGCGUAAUACUAUCUUUCUUUAAAGCAACACGGCAUGAUAUUUCGUCUAGGCGUAUUAUAUUUGUGUCAUGAGAUGCCGCUGUGUACUGUUUACUGUUUUUAUCAGCUCUGAUGACGAACGGUUGCACUCCUGCCUGUUUUCACAGUUUGUGUCUUGAAAGAAGAGCGUAAAAUGGACAACGAUAAAAAGCCACGUGUGCGUGCUCCGAACUUCACAAAAAGUGAUUUUCUACUUUGUGUAGUACGGUGGAAAAACAUAAACAAGUAAUUGAAAAUAAGAAAACGGACGGAGCACAACUCCUUCUUAAACAAAAGGCUUGGCAAGAGGUCAUGAGGGAAUACAAUUCUUCCACGACCGGUUCUAGUCGAACGUUAGAAAGCCUUCAGCAAACGUAUAAAAACCUGAAGAAAAAGGCAAAAAAGACUGCCUCUGACAAGAAGAUGGGUAUUCCAGUGGAUAGCGCCACUUUGGUGCUAAACCUUGAAGAGUAUGGUAGUGACUGGGGCAAAGUUGCUGCAAAUACAGGUGCUAGCGAAACUUCGUGUUCGCAGCAUUAAAGAAAGAAGCAAGAAAAAGUGAUACAAAUUUGAAAAGAAAUAUUAUGGGUACAGGAGGUGGGCCACCACCUAACAUUGAAAAUGAUCCAGUUUUGGAAAAAGUCAAAGUCCUUGCUGGACCGGUAAUACAAUAGAACUACACCACUACACCAAUAGAACUUCAGAACAUGAGAUCAGAUUCUACAUUAUUGGAUUCCUAUAUGCAAGAAACUGAAGAUAAUUAUGAUUGCCAGAACGAGACAUAUUUUGCUAAUGACAAAACAAAUACUAAGAAAAAAACACACAAUUUAUUGACUUCUUCUACAAUAACUGAUCCGGUUAUUCAAGAGAAUCCAGAUCAAGUUGAUUGCCAGGAUGAGACAUAUUUUACUAAUGACAGAGCGAAUUUGAAGAAAAAGCCACACCAUUUAUUGACUCGAAAACGGAAACCAGAUGCUCAAAAUAAACAGACUGUAGCUGACAAAUUUAAACUACUUGCUGCAGAAAAAGUUGAGUUACUGGAGCUGCAAAAGGAGUUGGUUAGGAGUCAAUUAGAUGAGCAACAAAAACAAGCAGAACAUAACCAGACAUUGAGAGAAAUGGAGGCAGAAGAUGCAAAAAAAAAAAUACUUACAUAAUGAUAAACUUAGAGAAAUGGAGAUGGAGGAAAUGAAGAGGAGAUAUGUAUUUAAUGAAAAAAUGAGGCAUUAUUAAUCUCUAAUCGUCCAACUUUCAUACCUAUAUGAUCUAUAUGUGACUGUGCACGGGAAAACGUCCCACUUUGUCAAUUGCUAUAAAGCCGCACGCCGUUCUGACGUCAGGUUGGCGCGCAUAGCCGUGUAUCGCCCCAACGUGUGGGAACUCGAACUAUAGAGACAUUGAACCCCGCUCGGGAAGGUCAUUUCAAAUUAUUAUUGAAAUAAAAAAAAUAUUUGUUUUGAU